AUAUCAAUGCAGAAGUUAACACCAAUGCAAAUGAUAGCAGUAACUCGUCUAAAGACUCGUCUAAAGAAGCUAACAGCAAUGCGAAUGACGAUAAUAACUCGUCUAAAGAUAACAAUGCAGAAGCUAACAGCAAUGCAAAUGACAAUAGUAACUCGUCUAAAGAUGUCAACGCAGAAGUUAACACCAAUGCAAAUGAUAGCAGUGACUCGUCUAAAGACUCGCCCAAAGAAGCUAAUAGUAAUGCGAAUGACAGCAAUAACUCGUCUAAAGAUAGCAAUGCAGAAGUUAACACCAAUGCAAAUGAUAACAAUAACUCGUCCAAAGAUAUCAAUGCAGAAGUUAACACCAAUGCAAAUGAUAGCAGUAACUCGUCUAAAGAAGCUAACAGCAAUGCGAAUGACAACAAUAAUUCGUCUAAAGAUAUCAAUGCAGAAGCUGACUGCAAUACAAAUGACAACAAUAGUAAUAACUCGUCUAAAGAUAAAUCCAAUGCUCCAAAAGUUGGCGACAAAAAUAAUAAACCCACUGCUCUAAAAUUUGGCGACAAAAAUAAAGAAUCCGAUGAUGCUCCAAAAGUUGGCGACAAAAAUAAAGAAUCCAAUGAUGCUCCAAAAGUUGGCGACCAAAAUCAAAAACCCACGGCUCUAAAAGUUGGCGACAAAAAUAAAGAAUCCGAUGAUGCUCCAAAAGUUGGUGACAAAAAUAAAGAAUCCAAUCCGCCAAAAGCUGGCGACAAAAAUAAAGAAUCCAAUGAUGCUCCAAAAGUUGGGGACCAAAAUCAAAAACCCACGGUUCUAAAAGUUGGCGACAAAAAUAAAGAAUCCAAUUAUGGUCCCAAAAGCAGGCGACGAAAACGACAAAUCGUACUAUGA